AUGCAGUCUAUGCAGAGACAAUUCGGCAAGCUCAUGAAUAAGGGCCCUGGUGAUAAUGCCAAAAUUGCUGCCGUCUUACACGACUACGAAGAUGCAGACAAACUGUUGGUCAAGAUUAUCGAGAAUACCAAGACUCUCCGUGAGGCAUGGGUCACCAUGGCAACUAGCCAGUGGUCUAUGGUGAAGGAGUACGAGGGCUUGUACGAUCCAAUUGUUGGUGCUUCAGAGGGACAUGGCCGCCCAGGCGUUACAACUCCCCAGCUGCAGCUUGAUCGCACCUUCAAGCUUAGCGGCGCCUACUCCGACCUCAAGGACGAGCUGACCGAAGAAGUGACGGCCAUUGACAAGCGGGUCAUUCGCCCUGCCACCGAGGCCCAUGAAUAUAUCCAACCCCUUCGCAAGACUAUCAAGCAGCGCGAGAACAAAAGAUUGGACUUUGAAAAGGCCCAAGAAAAGGUCAAGAAACUCCAGAAGAAGACCGGCAAGACCCCCAAGGAAGAUGCUGCGCUGUCAAAGGCCGAGUUCGAAAUGACUUGCGCAUCUGAGGAGUUCCAAGUUGCCGACGGUCACAUCAGGGAAGCUCUGCCUCCGAUCAUCGAGGCUAUCUUCACAUUGAUUCCUCAUAUUCUAGCCUCUCAUGUGACUAUCCAGAACAGACUUCUCGGGCUGUAUUAUACCGUACUUCACAACUAUUGUGAAGACCACGACUUCCCUUCUCCUCCACCUCCUAUGGAAAACGUAAUAUCAACUUGGGCAGCAUCGUUUGUACCGAUUCAAAAAGAGGUUGAGGCUAUUAGCUGCAUAGCGCAUGGCAAGAAUUGGAGGCAACCUGUCAGGGUAGGUGACGACGGGCAGGGUCGAAAAUCAUCGGUACCAUCAGCGUCGUCACGCAAUGGCUUCACGCGGACCCCUUCUGGCAUGAACGAAGGCACAGCAACGACCCCCCGGGCCAUGCGAAUACCCUCAACCAACGCGGCCAGCCGACCAUCUGUGGCUCGGGACCCUUCACCUCAUCCCAGCCCGCAAUCAAGUAGUACGAGCGUCUCGCGGUCUCAGCUCGGAUUACCGACCGACUUCACCACGGCCACAUCUCUUGGGCAGACCAAGGGUUCCCCCAACAUAUCGCCGUCCUACACACGAUCCCAAUCCGAAUAUUUUGGUCACCAAUCUGGGCUUGUCUCGGGGCAGGGGAAUCUGGCAGCAAAGAAGAAACCACCACCGCCGCCGCCAGCCAAGCGCUUCAAAGUGCCUGAAGAAUUUGUUAUCGCUCAGUAUGACUUUUCAGGGGGUGAUGGGGAUCUGAGCUUCAAUGAGGGAGAUAUGAUAAAAAUUGUAAAAAAGACGGAUACGGAUCAGGAUUGGUGGGUAGGAGAAUUAGGCGGCGUACAGGGCAGUUUUCCUGCUAACUAUUGCAAAGCAGCUUAA